AUGGGGCUCUUGAACCAAAACAUUGUUCCUUGCUUUGGCCGAAAAAGUCCUGUCUAUGUUUCGGGAAAGGGCCCUUUGUCCUUACUUGCUAUUGCUGGCGCCUUAGAUCUUUCCUUCCACUUCAAGUUCUUCUCCUGGCAGUACUCGAACUUGGCCUUCUCUUUCCGUUACAACGCCUUAAGGGGUCCCUGUCUGAUCUAUGUCACCACUGUCUUUGCUUCUGAAAGGUAUCCGCCCCAGAUUGUGAAGAAUUGUCAAUUCGUGCGAACUAGCUCGAUAAUUUCCAUCAGUCUCCAAUUCGAGUUCAUAGCGCCCAUGUCGACAAUCACGUCUGGUAAUAAUUUACUCCAUGUAAGAGACGUACAGGACCCAGGUGAUGCCGGUCCGGUACAGCCGCAGUCACGCGAAAAAGACCUCGAAGAAGAGCGGACAUACAGAUAUUCGGUAGGUCUUGUGCUUCUUUCCAGUUCCUUCAAUUCUAAUAAUGGCGGUGAUACUGACAAAAACUGCGGGGAUUCCGAAUGUAAGGAUGCUCCUGCGCACAGCUCCGAGACGGGAUUUGAUAGUGCGGAUGUAGUCAUACUUGAACCCAAUGGGUUGAAUACCACCAUAACGACCGCCAGCACAUGUAACAUUGUGGCUCCAGGAGGCGAAUCACAGAAGAUGACGGUUUCUCCCUCCAAUUUAGACUUUUCAUCGUCGUUCAACUCGGACUUGGACGAAUACGGGGCGGAAAUCACAGGACCGAGCUUGGAAUGGAUACGAAAGCUGACCGGACGUUCUGAUUAUUUAAUAUGGGGUUACGUGGAGGUGGAGAUAAAGAAGCGUGGUAUCGUCAAUGCAUUAAUUACCGAACUGACCAGUCGUGGUGCCAUGCCUCUCUUUUCCGGGUUGACGUGCUGCAAGUCAAUUGUUCCUUUUGGGUUGCUGAUUGAUGCACAGUCGCUGCCGGGUACCUAUCGGCCGUAA